AUGAGUUCUUCAGCUACCAAAGCUGCCAAGCAGCAACUUCGGAAGCUCAUGAAGGAGAAGCUGUCCACCGUCUCGCAGGAGUCGGUACGUCUUCAGAGCCGGCAGAUAUUCGAGUCCCUGCAGGACUUCCAGCCCUACAAGGACGCACGCCGCGUGAGCAUCUAUCUCUCAAUGCCUGCCGCCGAGAUUCAGACAGAUGCCAUUGUGCGCCAUGCCUUGCGGGAGGGUAAGCAGGUGUUUGUCCCAUAUCUUCAUAAGUCACCCUUGGAAACACCAGAUACCCCUGCCCGAGUCAUGGAUAUGGUCCAUCUCAAAAAUCUACAGGACUAUGACAGUCUCAAGAGAGACAGCUGGGGCAUUCCCAGCAUUGACCCGGCCACAGUCCAUGAACGCCAGCGCAUACUCGGAGGCCCUGACGUACACCACUCAGACAAAUCUACACUCGACCUGAUCUUGGUCCCUGGUGUCGCAUUUGAUACAGACGAGGCUGGUGCUAUCCGAAGGCUUGGGCACGGGAAAGGCUUCUACGACUUCUUCUUAAAUAGAUAUAUGGAAAAGGCCGGCGAAAACACGCUGCGGCUUUACGGGCUUGCUCUCACUGAGCAGUUCAUUCCCGACUCGUCGGAGCUGAGUGUUCCGAUAGGGCAGUAUGAUAGAAAACUCCAUGGGCUGGUACUAGGAAAUGGCGAGAUUAAAGGAGGGGAUAAGAAGAGCACGCAAUAG